AUUAUCAUUAUAGCUCAGUUCAAGAAAUCCACUCUCGCCGGCUGCUGAGCCGUCCCAUUCGGUGGUGGCGUCGACGUUUUUUUUUGUCUCUGUUUCGAUCCCUCUCGAAAUUCACAGCUCAGCUUUUGCCCUCUUCUCCGAUUUCGUGUCCCCAUUAUGCGCCCCUCAUCCUGAGAGGGAUUAUUAGAUCGUAAAGGUUGGAGCUUUUUCGCGCUACCGCUCGCCGCCGUCGAAUCCCAGAGAAAGGUGGGGUUCUUCAAUUGCUAGGCUUUGCCUGCAGUCGGUUUGUUUGAUCCGUGUUUAUACAAUGGCCCAGACAAGGGAAAAGUGCGGUGACCUGAUGCAAUGGCUUGGAGUUGACAUGUUUAUUCAGGUUCUGAUGCAUUUGGAUGACCCUUCUGAUCUCGUUCGUCUUUGUGCCGUUUCAAGUUCUUGGCGCCGGUUUGUGAUUGAACAUGGCAUCUGCAAACAGCUCUGCUUGAGGAAGUUUCCUGGAAUGUGUAGUAACGUUGAUCUCAUUGAAGUGGAUAAUCUGAUUGAACCGGUAGGUCGGAUUAGUGACUGUAGAAGGAGCUGGGAGUGGCUCAAGAGGAACCAUAGAGUCUACGCGUUUCUGGCACGUGGCCUUUCUCCAGUUGUGACGAAAGACUGCAUCUCGGAGGCCAUCUGUGCAUCCAGCACAGAUAAUUACCCAGAAGAGACGAUUCAGAAUACCUUGGAGGCAGGCGAUAGAGUUGAGGAUCGAGCAUCCUACUGGUCUAGUAAAGGGCAAGCCAAUCCAGACGUUCCUGAGAGAUUAGUUUACAAGUUGGCAUCCAAGUUAUGUCUAGUCACUGAAAUCCAUGUUCAGCCUUUUCAAGCGUACUUCCAGUAUGGGUUCCCUAUAUACUCAUCAAAAAGCGUUCGGUUUAGACUCGGUCAUUCAAAGUUCCCAAUGGAGUUGGAGGAUGAUAUAGCGAUUGUUACAUAUGGCCAUAGACCAAGAGAUGACCAUUUUGUCUGGUCUUACACCUCCCCUGAAUUUCCCAUGGCUCAGGAAAGCCAACUGCAAAAAUUCAAGCUGCCAGAACCGGUACUUUGCAUAGGAGGGAUUCUGCAAGUUGAGCUACUUGGCAGAGCUCAGAGACAAGAGAUAGAUGGUUUACAUUACAUCUGCGGUGGUUGCAGUCUCUCUCAUGUUCAAGCAGCUGGACAGCAGCUCAUGAAACCAUUUGACGUCGAGCUAACUGACUCCACUGGAGAGUGCUCCUUAGAGUACACUCCCGAAACAGAAUCUAGUGAAGCGGCCAGUGCAUCCCUACGAGGGAGAAGAAUUGCAGCUUCUCUUUUGCGCAGUUUUGUUGUCAGACUUUUGGGGAGAGAAUCAAGGGAUCAAGGGGAUGCCUCCCACCAGGCUAGCUCCUGAGUGUGAAGAUUGUCAUAAGAGCGACUAAUUGCCGAUCAUCGGUCAUGAACAACUUGAAGCCAUCUCCAUGCUAUGGCUUCGGUUACUAUGGGGGCAUUCGUUAUCAUCGAUUACCAUUGAUAAUGAAAAUGUAUAUCAUAUUAGCUUACUAGUUAUCAUCAUAGUACAUUACAAAUUGCAUGACCAGAAAAACGGAGGAAUAAUGGCAGCUAUUACCUAUUUAAGCACAAUAAGUUUUGUUCCCUUACGAUUCGCAAUAAACGGUUCUGGGAGGGGAGAGUAUAAUUCUGUACAAACGAGAUGGCCAAAAAACUCAUUCAAUAAAACCAAACAACUAAGCUAAGAGCCAAAACCAGAAGUUGUUUAUUAUGCUUUCCAGUCAUAGCCCAUAGUAUCGCCAAGGUCACUGUUAAAAAACCCACUAUCUGAAAACUCAGCAGCGAUAUCUUGCAUGUCAUCCUGCAGCUGCUGCAAAUUCUGAUUAGGCAUGGCCCCAACCUUUUGAUUGUUAUUAUUAUAACCACUGCCACUGCCACUGCCGCCACCACCACCAGCUGACGAAUCACUGGGUGAAGCAGCAGCAGCUUUGAAACUGUUGCUCCGACUUGCUGCAGGUCUACCUCCAGAGAUGGCAGGGCCCACACUGUUCCUUCCUGCAGAACCACCAUUCCCAUUCUGUGCAGAAACAGAACGCUGCAGCUGAGCUCCUCCUCCCCCGCUACUGUUAUUUGACAUCUCCUGCAGCAGUUGCUGUAUCAUCUGCUGUUCCAAUGCCUGAUUGCUGCCUUGAGAGCUUUGUUGAUGAUGGUUUUGUUGAAACAAAUUAUUGGAACUCGAUGAACGCUGAUGUUGCUGCUGUUGUUGUUGGUGUAAGUUUUGCAUGGGUCCUCCGGGAGGGAAACCAGCAGGUCCUUGGAAGUUGGAAGAUGGACUUGGGGCAGAAUUAUUGUUGAAGGAAGAUGAAGGAGGUUCGUGUUGAAGCGAGCUGGAGUUUGAAUUCAUGGAGUUUUGCCUCGUGAGAAGAUUUUGGUAGUUGGAAAGGGCCAAUGCAGCCUGGGCCGAACCACUUAAACCUACUGCUCCUCGAUUACCGAAGUGGUGAUUAUUGUUGUUGUUGACGUUCAUGGCAGUAUU